AUGACCAGAAUGGCUAGGUCUGUAACAAGAACGAAAUUUCUGGAGCCAUGGAUGAUUGCGUUGAUUGUCCUAGCAGUGCUGGUGGCCUUAGCCAUUGUCAUUGGGUUGCUUGUAUAUUUUUUGAUAUAUGAUCAGAAAUUGUUCUAUUACAGUGUUUCCUUUAGAAUCAAUAAUGUACAAUACCAUCCUAAUUUGGAAAAACAGACCUCAAAAGAUUUUAGAGAGCUGAGUACAAACAUUGAGACUUUGAUUAACCAAGCAUUUCAGGGUACGCAUUUAAAGAAAAAAUUGAUCAGAACACGUGUGGUAAGACUAAGACCAGACAGUGACAGAGUUCGGGCAGAUGUGGUGCUGGUGUUUAAGUUCAUUGGUACUGAUAGUAGAGUGGCACUCUGGACAAGUGUUAACACUGUUUUGCUGAGGAGACUGAAGUUGCCAACAUGGCCCUUGAGCAUUGAUCUUUCAUCUUACAAGCUUUCAGGUUGUGGAACACGAACAGACAGAUCUGAGGAGAGAAUCUAUGGAGGAAGCGUUGCAGGGGAAGGGGAAUGGCCAUGGCAAGCCAGCCUCCAGCUGAAUGGUGUUCAUCGCUGUGGGGCGACACUGAUCAGUAACACAUGGCUCGUAACAGCAGCGCAUUGCUUUCGAGGAGUCAAGGAUAUCAAAGGUUGGACAAGUAGUUUUGGGGCCCGUUUGAGGCCUCCAACAAUGAGAAGGAAUCUUCGCCAGAUCGUUGUCCAUGAGUAUUAUGCAAAUAAUGUCAUGAGUCAUGAAUAUGACAUUGCAGUUGUGCAGCUCUCAUCUCCUGUGGAGUUUACAACUGCUGUGCGUCGUGUUUGUCUUCCAGAGGCUACACAAUAUUUUCCAGAGAACACCACCUGUUAUGUCACAGGGUACGGUGCUCUGAGAGAUGACGGCCCCAGUGUCAGUGAGCUUCGUCAAACAGAAGUGAAAAUUAUAGGCAAUGAAAUUUGCAAUAGAAGAGAAGUGUACAAUGGAGCUAUUUCAUCUGGGAUGCUGUGUGCUGGAUACCUGGAAGGAGGGAGUGAUGCUUGCCAGGGUGACUCGGGCGGUCCACUGGUAACUUCUGAUUCUAGAGGAAUAUGGUACCUUGUUGGCAUAGUGAGCUGGGGAGAUGAAUGUGCCAAGCCGAACAAGCCUGGAGUUUACACACGAGUGACUUACUAUCGAGACUGGAUUGCUGCCCGUACUGGAGUCUGA